GGCACUGGCCCGGGGACUUUGCAGCACCGAGUCCCGGGCACUCCCGCAGCCUAGAGGGGACUCCUCCCCAGAUCAAGCCCAAUAGGCGCCGGCGGGCCGCGCCCACCCGGAAACAGCGCAGGACCGCGAGCGCCCCGCGCAGCCCCGGCUCCCGCCCGCGCGUCUCCCUCCACACCUCCCAGCGAGCAGACAGAGCCGGCACCGGCCUCGGCCAGCCCCAGAGAGGGGCCCCCACAGCGCAGCCACGUGCUGAAGGGCACUUCCAGCGUGGCCAGAGCGGACGCGGAGGCCGAGGAGGCGCUGAGAGCGAGCGAGGGCUGCUGGCACGUUGUCACCUCUCAGUAGCCUAUGAGAGAAAGGGCCAGAAAGCAACAACAAAAUCAAGAGAAGGAUAAGAGGCAGCUGCCCCACUGCCACACCACAGGGGCUAACAAUGGACACCCAGAAGGACGUUCAACCUCCAAAGCAGCAACCAAUGAUAUACAUCUGUGGAGAAUGUCACACAGAAAAUGAAAUAAAAUCUAGGGAUCCAAUCAGAUGCAGAGAAUGUGGAUACAGAAUAAUGUACAAGAAAAGGACUAAAAGAUUGGUUGUUUUUGAUGCUCGAUGAAACCUGGGAAUUCAGAGGAGUAUCUUCACUUAUACUUGGAUUUGCUCUCUUAACGUUUCUGAUUGUUGUAUAGCUUUCGAUUUUGCAUACAGUAGUUCUCCCUUAUCUUUGGGGGAUACAUUCCAAGGCCCCCAGUGAACUCCUGAAACCUCAGAUAGUACCAAACCUUUAUACGCUGUUUUUUCUAUAUAUACUAUGAUAUAUAUAUGAGAUAUAUAUAUGAUAAAGUAUAAUGUAUAAAUUAAGCAUAGCAAGAGAUUGAUAACAAUGUAAUAGGACAAUGAUAACAUACUGUAAUAAAAGUUAUGUGAAUGUG